GCCCCGCCCCACGAGGGCGCCCUUCGCCCGCCGCAGCGCUCGCGGGCCCCAGGCACGACCGCGACAGCCCGGCGAGGCGCGACCAUGGUGCAGGCCUGGUACAUGGACGACCUCCCCGACGACCCCCGGCGGCCCCACCGCCCGGAGCACGGCCUCUCGGUGGGCCUGGAGCAGCUGCGGCGGCUCGGCGUGCUCUACUGGAAGCUGGACGCUGACAAGUACGAAAAUGACCCGGAAUUAGAAAAGAUUCGAAGAGAGAGAAACUACUCGUGGAUGGACAUCAUAACCAUAACCAGAGACAAGCUCCCGAACUACGAAGAAAAGAUUAAGAUGUUUUAUGAGGAACAUUUGCACUUGGAUGAUGAGAUCCGCUACAUCCUGGACGGCAGUGGGUACUUCGACGUGAGAGAUGCAGAGGACAAGUGGAUCCGGAUUUCCAUGGAGAAAGGAGACAUGAUAACGCUGCCCGCAGGAAUGUACCACCGCUUCACGGUGGAUGAGAAGAACUACGUGAAGGCCAUGCGGCUGUUCGUGGGAGACCCCGUGUGGACGGCGUACAACCGGCCGGCGGACCAUUUCGAAGCCCGGGCACAGUACGUGAAAUUCCUGGCCCAGACGGCGUAGCGGCGCUCCCGGGGAACUAGCACGUGCCUUGUGAAGGUCCUAAACAGGAUAACUGAGCAGGAAAUCAGCUGUUUUCUCUUUGCUUUUGUAUGGUAGAUGUGAGGCUAGAUCGUCUUUCCUUUGCAAGAUUCUUUGAUCAGAAUUUUUUUUUUUAUGGAAGGAGCUAUAAAAAUGAUUUUUACAUGAAAGCAACCUGGAAAUGUCAGCAAGUCACCUUCAUUUUUUCUUAAUCAACACUAAUUCAGUAGCCCUGUUGGUAAAGCGUCCACCUGAGACACACUGGGCAUUUCAUCUCAACAUGCAGCUCCUCAGAUGCUCACUCCGGGUGCUGUCUCGGCCUUGCAGGGAGGUGCCACAGCCAAUAACACAGCUAACCAGCUAGAAGACACUUUGUUUCUCCCAAAAUGAUGCCUGGGGUGGGGCAGGGUGUGGAGGAGGAGCUCUCGCGUCAGGGGCACACUCUGAGUUGCUCAUGCCACUGUCUCGUUCAAAAUACAGGAACCACUGUGAUUUGUGCUCACGGCUUGGAGUUACCUUAUAUUCAAGUACAUGUGGCAUUUUGCCUGGUUUGUUAAAAUCACCCGUUUGGAAUCUUUGUAUGAUCAUAUAUGUCGGUAACCAGCUUGUGUGUUAUCUGUGUUAGUAUUGUUUGGGUGUGAGAUUUCUAUGUUAUUUUGAAAUCAAGCUUUUAAAUUUUAACAAGAGAAUUAGUACAUUGUGUUUCUACUUAACAAUCCUGAGAUACAAUUACACCUAGUUUGUUAUAAUCAUAGAAAAGCCCCAAAUUCCCCUUACAUUUUAUAAGGAUUUUUAUCACCUCCAUACUGGUCUUGGGGGUCUGUUUCCCACUACACAGAGGAAACUCAAGCCUUAGAUGUUUAAGCAAACUUUUGUCUCAAUUUUAGGAUUAAAAUGUACACAGGUAGCAUGAUAUUAACACAAAUAUCCCAGGGCUUGCUUCUGUCAAGUAUUAUUCUAUUUUAAUAAUUAAAAUAUGAGCUGAUCUACUGGU